GCAGCAACAACAGCAAAAGCAGAAACUCAAGGGUGUGUCUGCUGUCCCUUGAGCCUAAAAGUGACAACCCUUCGACUUCUUUCUGCAUCUACCCCUCCUCCUCCUCCUCCUCCUCCUCCUCCUCCCGCAAAACCAAGCCAAGUCCUCCACUACCACCUUCGCCUCCUGUAUGUGUAUGUACGUGUGUGUGUGAGCAGCGCCAUGGACCAGCGGCGGGUUGUGGGCGUGUUCCUGGCGGCGGGCGUGGCAAGCGCGGUGUUGGCGUGGGUGUGGAUGGUGCCCCGCCUCCAGCAGGACCCCUCGAUCGAAGAACCUGCUGCUGCUGCUGAUGACGCCAUAGAGAAAACGUUAGGCGGCUGCCAGGGGUCUUCACAGAACACAACAAUGGCUGACGCUGCUACCAUUGCCAAGCUGGAGGAGGGCUUCAAGAAGCUGGAGGCUGCCACUGACUGCAAGUCUCUCCUUAAGAAGUACCUUACCAAGUCUGUGUUCGACCAGCUCAAGGACAAGAAGACCGACCUGGGCGCCACCCUCCUCGAUGUGAUCCAGUCCGGUGUUGAGAACCUGGACUCUGGCGUUGGUGUGUACGCCCCUGACGCACAGGCCUACACCCUCUUCGCCCCUCUGUUCGACCCCAUCAUCGAGGACUACCACAAGGGUUUCAAGCAGACUGACAAGCACCCUAACAAGGACUUCGGCGAUGUCAACCAGUUCGUCAACGUGGACCCCGAUGGCAAGUUCGUGAUCUCCACUCGCGUGCGUUGCGGUCGCUCCAUGGAGGGCUACCCCUUCAACCCCUGUCUCACUGAGGCCCAAUACAAGGAGAUGGAGUCCAAGGUUUCCUCCACCCUGUCCAGCCUCGAGGGCGAGCUCAAGGGCACCUACUUCCCUCUCACCGGCAUGACCAAGGAAGUGCAGCAGAAGCUGAUCGACGACCACUUCCUCUUCAAGGAGGGUGACCGCUUCCUGCAGGCCGCCAAUGCCUGCCGCUACUGGCCCACUGGCCGUGGCAUCUACCACAACGACAACAAGACCUUCCUGGUGUGGUGCAACGAAGAGGAUCAUCUCCGCAUCAUCUCCAUGCAGAUGGGUGGUGACCUGGGCCAGGUCUACCGCCGCCUUGUCAGCGCUGUUAACGAGAUUGAGAAGCGUGUGCCCUUCUCUCACCAUGACCGCCUGGGCUUCCUCACCUUCUGCCCCACCAACCUUGGCACCACCGUGCGUGCCUCCGUCCACAUCAAGCUCCCCAAGCUGGCCGCCAACCGCGAAAAGCUUGAGGAAGUCGCUGGCAAGUACAGCCUCCAGGUUCGCGGCACUCGCGGCGAGCACACCGAGGCUGAGGGCGGCGUGUACGACAUCUCCAACAAGCGCCGCAUGGGCCUUACCGAAUACCAGGCUGUUAAGGAGAUGCAGGACGGUAUCAUUGAGCUCAUCAAGAUUGAGAAGGAGAUGCAGUAAAGUUCGGCUCCUCCCUCUAUGGGUGAGGGCGAGCCGGUCUCUGCUGUAGGAAGAGGGUGCCCCACCCUGGACCCGGGGCCCAGGAGAAUGGCGCUGGAUUUGGCAUUUGUCAGCCCGGCAACAAACCACCUAACCUAGCGAGCUGAUGAAGCCAAGCUUAGACCCCGCCAACAUUCCACGCAGCCGGGGCUUGUAGCCGGGUCGGGCGUGGUGGCCUUGUACAUACCAUCAAUCGUAAAGACGCGCCCAGCCCUCGCUACACCACAUUCAACUGUUAUCACAUAAACAUUAUAACAGUAAAACCUUUAAAAAUCCUCA